CUGGCACGGGCUCGCGUGAAACGGUACCGGCAGCUCGCACCAAAGGCGCUUGGAGGCGGACCGGUCCACACGACGACCUGCAGCUGCAACACUGCGAGACCCGUGGCCGAGCCGUUCGGGCAGACCGCAACUGAGGAGUCUGCGAAGUAGCUGCCAAGGCGCUCUCACCCGCUGUCGCGCUUUCUCGAAAGGAAGGAGGCGACACAGCCGCGAUGACAUCACGGCAGGCCUCAAAGAGGGCAUCACGGCAGGAAUCGCCGCCGACGUCACCGCCAGCACCACCGGCGGUACCACGGCCGGCACCACCGCAGGCACCACUACCUGCUCCGGCACCGGCAACGGCACCCGGAAGAGCGCAGACGCGGCAGCCCACGGUGUUCGUCCCGACAGCCGGAGUGCCUAUGGCCGGACCCACGGCCGGAAUGAAUAUGGCCGGACCCAUGGCCGGACCAAUGGCCGGACCAAUGGCCGGACCAAUGGCCGGACCAAUGGCCGGACCAAUGGCCGGACCUGUGGCCGGACCUGUGGCCCGAACCCCUAUGGACGGAAUGCAGGUCGCUGGCGGUCGGAUGAAUGCGCGUCGCGGACCCUUCCUUCAAAUGCCAACGCCGGGAUUGGCGCCGUCGAAAGUGCCGCAGUACCGGGGAUGCCCCGCGGGUCUGGAAUACCUGGUCCAGAUCGACCACCUGCUUGUCCACAAGCAGGAGGCCUUGCUGGAAAGUUUCCUGCCCUGGGAGAUGGGGAACAGGUACGUCGUGAAGAACAGCAUGAGCCAGUUCGUCUUCGUGGCGGCAGAGCACAGCGACGUCGCCUUUCGCCAAUACACCCCAGACCGGUCCUUCCUGAUGUCGCUUGUCGACUACCGCAAAGUCGUAGUGAUGCGGCUUUUCCGGCCAGAGCGCUGCGCCCGCUGCCUUUGCUGGUGCUGCCUCCAGGUAAUGGACGUGCACGAUGCUUCCGGUGCCGUGAUGGGCCACCUGCGGAUGGAGUGCACCGUCCUAAAUUCGAACUUCUCGGUGUUGGACAGCGAGAAGAACGUUGUCCUGAUGAUCAAAGGCCCGCUCUGCACAUCGUCCAUCUGUGCCCAGGACGUCGUCUUUGACAUCCUAACCAUCCACGGCGUCACCAAGAUCGGCUCGAUAACGAAGGCCUGGUUGGGAUUGAUCAGCGAGUACUGCACCGACGCCGGACAGUUCGCGGUCACCUUCCCCUUGGACUUGGACGUGAAGAUUAAGGCCGUGCUUCUCGGCGCGGUCUUUCUAAUUGAUUUCAUAUACUUCGAGAGCAUACGAUGCGAGAGGCAACCGGAUCUUCCCCUCAACGUCAGAAAUUAGUUAUCCGAAGAUCACCGAUUUUGUCGUGCAUCCCUAAAGACAGCCAGGCUUUCCAGAAAAGCCUUUGCGCAGUCGACUGCAUAUUUGCGAACGUGGUCAUAACGGUAUUCGCGCUUAAUACUAUGCUCGCAGGUAGCAGGCUGUGGUUUCUGAUUUUCUCGUGCGUUUAUUGCACGAUACUUUCUUGGGCAGCGUCGAAUUCGAGUUUUAUUUCAGAUAGCAAUGUAUUUAUCCAUACUGUUUGCAUUCGUGCUUGUCAAUUUCUUCUGCAACAAGUUCUAUGUCAUGUGACAAAAUAUCGGCAGACGUGUUUCCAAGGUCCGCGCAAGACCUCCGAGAUUCGCGCGCUCGUUUUCCGAAACCAGCCGGCGAGCGUAAAUCUUGGAGGCCACGGUCCCUGUUAUUUUAUGAAUCCUACUGUCAGUCAUAUUCCUGAACCCACGCAAUACCUGCAGACUGAACCGAGAUCGGACAGCAAGUACAAAAUAAAGUAAAACCUGGU